ACAAAUUUAUCAUUUCUAACAUUUAUCAAUUGUACAUUUAUUGUUAUAUAUACUUUGUUGUUACGAGUAUAUAAUAUACUACAUAUUGUAAUGGAAGAAAAACAGCUGUAUGGCGCGCUGACAGUAUAUCGUGAAAGAGGCGCAUAUUUGCGUCGUCUUGAACAAUUUGAAAAAGCAAAAGCCUCAUUUGAUGAAGCUUUCAAGAGUACUCCGGAUGAUGUACGAACACUAACAGGACGCAGUCAAGUAUGUGCUGAUGCUGUUCAACCGGUACAGGCGUAUGCGGACGCUGAAGUUGCCCUCAAACUUGCACCUGCCAAUAUGAUAGCACGCAACAUGCAAGCUCGGGCCAUGUAUACUAUGUCCGAUUUUGAAAGAUCCGUUGUUAUGAACUUCCGGGGCGUAAGAGAUCGUCGUCAACCACCUUAUUUCCAUGAAGGUAUUAAUCAAGGUGUCGAAACUAUACAAGAUUGUAUUGGAGUCAAUGCAGGUAACGUGAUGUUAGAUUUUUUACCUUUAAUUAAGGAAACAGAAGCAAUACGCACUGAUGAGAACGGACCACAAAAACUACUUCACGUGUCUCGAAUUCCACAACCAGAACGCAAACGUAAAUUAACACAAAUAGAGGCACGAAAGCAUUUAACUUUGGCCAGAGUACUCGCUAUGAAGUAUCUAGGACCAAUGGCGUAUGAUAAAUUUUUUCUUCAAGAGCUUACUGAAGAUCCUCGUAUAAAAUCAGCAAACUCAGGGGGCAGUCUUCAGUUGAAGACAGCUGUAAAGGAAGCUCUUCGUUCAUUGACUGAACGUCAGAAUAUGUUGCGUUCACAGCGACCAUAUUAUACAAUUAAACUAGCAGAAAAGGCUGAGUCUAAACACCAAAACAAGUAUAUGGAGGCAGUAUUAAUAAAAGAACGCGAGAUAGGAGCCCGCACUUCUGAACGUUUGUUGAAACAAAUUGAAAAGAGUUUUCGCGACAAUCGUAUAAUGGAUUUGAUGGCACAAGCGGAGCGCAUGCAAUUAUUUCUCGAUUCAAGAACCUCUCGAACACUUCCUGAUAAGGAAAUAUAUACAGAUCGUUUAUAUAGAGCAGUCGGAGAAGGAUAUUUGGCACAACAUCGUCUAUCCUAUACUCUUAGUGAGCGUGGUAAUCGUCGAAGGAUUGCGUUCCUUAUGGGCCUUCCUGUAGGUCGACCACAAUCAUUUGAUUCUGUAAUGGCGAACUAUCCAUAUAAGUUUAUAGAUAUUAAACAAGCAACAGAGAAAGUUAUUGCUAUACUUGAGAUGUGUGAAAAUGCUACAAUGAAAUGUUGGUUAAUGUAUGAGCUUGCUCGCCUUCUGUGUACUCAAAAAAAUUAUGCACUCGCGAAAUUUUAUGCAAAACGUUGCCAAAGAGAAGCUCAGGAACUGACGAAUGUCACAUGGUGGUUAAAUGGAUGUUUUGUGCUAAUGAGUGGCGAUAUGCAACAAGGUAACUCAAAUGAGGUACGCAUUCAAGUAGAAGAAGCUUAUGAAUGGUCAAAGAAACUACAGGACCCGGAACGCAUACAAGCAUUCUUAUGCAAAUGUGCGGAAAUGGCAGCAGAAGUUGUAUCUUCUGAUGAACGCAAGGCGAUAAUGCAAAGAGAAAAACAGAUAGUAGCCGUCAUGGAUGAAUCGCAAAAAGUGGAAACUCAAGUGUUAUUUAAGCGUAUGUCGACUGUUCCGACUGGUAGGCGGUUCUCGGUAUUACCACGCAAACAGAAACCUGGUGAAGAUCGGGCGGAACGUCAACGCCGACGUCAACGCGGGUUGUCAGUCAUCCCUGGGCAAGAACAGUCUUUGCCCGCACCACCUCAAUCUGCUACUCUUGGUUUUCAACUGUUCGAUAUAUAAAUAUUACGUUAUUUAUUUACAAAAUAUCAACAGAAAUAUUUGUAGAAUAUGAAUAUUUGUACAAGUAAAUAUUUUUCACCUUCUUUGAAUAAUACAUACGCUCAUUAUUAUGUGUUAUUAUUCUCACACUAUUUUAGUCUAGAUAUACUGAUUUCAUUCUCAAUAUAUAAUAUAUACAAAGUUCUAAAAAAAUUUAAUCUGGUAUUAAGAUGCAAAUCAUAUUGAUCAGUAAGCGAAAUGCUGUAGACAUUUACAGAUUGAUUUCGGAUAAGGAAAUCAAAACGUGUAUAAUGAAAUUUAGGUUUAUAAUGUAUCUUCUAAUAAUCUAUAUUAAAUAGUAUCAAGUCCCAGAAGAAAAAUUAAAUAUGUAUAAAAAAAUUAAAGUUCAAAUGUACCCAUUAUUAUUAUUCUUAAUUUCACAAUUAUGUAAUUUAGUGUAUAUUUAAUCAACAUUAUUAGAAAUAAAAUAAACUACAUAUUUGAUGUUUCAAUAUACUUGAAUAUACAGAUAGAUACUUAGGUUGACACAACCUGGACUAUAUAAUUUUAUCUACAUCUUGAAGCAAGAAUGAGUCAUUUUAGAUUAUUACGACUAAUGUAUCGUACACACAUUAUAUAUA